AACCCCAAAGCAUAGCUGAAGCUAAAUUCUGGUGCUUCUCGCGCACCGUAUCAUCAUCAUCAUCAUCAUCACAUCUUCGCCGGCGAAAUUACCCUCUCCCUUGCCGGCGAUCUAGUUUCCGGCGAUCAUUUACGGGUUUGAUUUUGCGAAUUGAAGUUUCUGGGGAGGAUACAACUCGCACUUGCUCUUUGACGACGUGGGAGAUUGAAUCUAAUCGAAAAGGACGAGAAAAUGUCAUAUGAAAGCAAAGGUUUUUGGGUUCUGAAGAACAAUGAGCAUACAAGUGAGGAAGAUUCAGUGUAUGAUCAUUCAACAAGGGACGAUUCAAAGCGUCCUCAUCCUUGGUUUGCGGAUUCUUCUCGCUCAGAUAUGUUCCCAAACAAGAAACAAGCUGUGCAAGAUCCAGUUGGAGGAUUAGGGAAAUCAAGUUUAGGCCUUCCUUUGUGGGAAAGCUCCUCUGUUUUUCAAUCCGUCUCUAACCAGUUUAUGGAUCGGCUUCUAGGUGCUGAAAUGCCGUCAAGACCCCUUUUGUUUGGUGAUAGAGAUAGAACUGAAGGUUGUAGCCACCACCAAAAUAAGAGUAUAGCUGAGAGUUUUAUGGAAAAUACAUCUGUUGAAUUGUCGAUAUCUAAUGGCGUGGAGGUUGCUGGGAGUUGUUUCGGCGGUGAUGGAAUUAGGAAACUUCCGGUUAGUCGGGUUAAGGAAACGAUGAGUACACAUGCUGCUCUAGAUGGUCAUAGUCAAAGGAAAAUUGAGUCGUCUUCGAUCCAAGCUUGUAGCCGGGAAAACGAGAGUAGCUUUAUAAAUUUUGCACUGGCGGGUCAUCCUUAUGGCAAUGAGGACUCUCAUGGUAUCACAUUUGGUGAAAUUAAUGAUGAGCACGGUGUUGGGUCUAGUUCCAAUGGCAACUAUCAGUCUUAUGUACAGGAUCCUAUUGAAACAUCUGAUAUGGUUUAUGGCCAAGAAACUGGGUGUUCUCAGACCAGCAGUAGAGUUGUAAGUGAACAACAAAUGGCUAAACCGAGUUUGGAAACUCCUCCAAAGAACAAAGCAGAGGCCAAGACGUCAAAGAAGGAAGCUUCCACAAGCUUUCCUUCAAACGUCAGAAGCUUAAUAUCAACCGGUAUGCUCGAUGGUGUUCCUGUGAAGUAUAUUUCUCUCUCGCGAGAGGAGCUUCGAGGAGUCAUCAAAGGAUCAGGUUAUCUCUGUGGAUGUCAAACUUGCGAUUUCACAAAGGUGCUUAACGCAUAUGCAUUUGAGAGACACGCCGGAUGUAAAACAAAGCAUCCGAACAAUCAUAUUUACUUUGAAAACGGGAAGACGAUAUAUCAGAUAGUUCAGGAACUGAGGAACACUCAAGAGAGUAUGCUGUUUGAUGUCAUUCAGACUGUAUUUGGUUCUCCUAUUAACCAGAAAGCAUUUCGCAUCUGGAAAGAAUCAUUCCAAGCGGCGACUAGGGAACUUCAGCGGAUCUAUGGCAAAGAAGAGCGUUCCUUUUGAAUGUGAAAUAUUAUUGGGAAGUUGUAAGAUUGUACACAUUUUGCUGGAUCUUAAUUUGAUAAACUUUGCUUUUUUGCAUAAUUAUGUAUAAAGAGAACCUUUGAUAAGUGUACCAAAA